AUGUUCUUGCCUCUUCAUAGCCCCUCGCUGUCAAAGCUAAGUUCAUGCAUGCCGUAUGAAGUGCGGAAGGAGCUAUGCACUUUGCAUGAAGCCUUUGUAAACGAUGAUGAUGCUGCAAGUACGCGGCAGCAGAUCUCAAUGCGACGACGCCGUUCCGCAAGGGAAUUGAUGCCUUCCCACGCGCAGGCGUCACCGUUCCCAUCCCCCGCGUUACACGCCGGCCGUCUGCUGAAGCCGAGCGCGCUGAUGCUCCCACUACGUUACACACACCGUGGGUUUGUCGUUACCCUCGAGGAAACGCUUUUCUCACCUCUUGCCAGACGGAGCACCGAGUCAGUGUUGCGCGACGCAGCUGCGUGCCUGCUUGGAAACCCUUUCGCUGGCCGCUUCUUCCGAGACACCCCCCCGCGAGGCUCUCCUCGACGUCUUUGCGCACAGCGGGAUAUGUUUCCCUGCUGCUGGAGCAGGGCUCGGUGGCGCUGUCGCUGCGACCAGCUCGCCGGCUGCUCGGUGACAUGCGACGGUGUGGGUGCAGUCGCGGCCGCGGCGUUGACGGUCUCGCUGCUCUCAGCACGGCACCAGGCGGGCGCCACGGCUAUAGCGAAGCCGCGGCUAAAUGCAACAACGGCGACGGUGGCGAAUGCGAAAUCUCCCUGCAUUGGCAACUCAGCCACAACGCGCACGUCGUCGACGUGCUUCUUCCCACCGCGAUCUGCUGCACAUCGUCAGCGCCCGGUGCGGAGGCGUGCGACGGCUCGCAGAGCCAAGCGCUGCACUCGAGUCUGUCGGACAGCCGCAGGGACGAGGUUCGGCGGCGAAAGUUGUACACCAGCAGGCUGGAUUCCCGCACAACGGGGCGUCAAUUGCACUUUUUUUUUGGAUGCGUCAGGGCAUGUUUUACGCCUCCGACUCUGCGCCCCGUGUCGUGGUCACACUACGCACGGCCUUGUCGACUACGCCACUGCCGCGGGGGCGGAGCGGCUACCUUUGCGCGGUGGGGAGCAACUGGGCUCCUCAUCGCUGCGCAUCGGCAGGGCGGAGCAGCCGACGCAGCAAAAUAACCAGCAGCAGGUCAUCUCCAGCUGCCGCUGA